AUACUUUUUUAUUGUGGUCCUUGUUUCUCUACUCUUUUUUAACCCUCUCAGUCGCUUACUCAAUGGCCCAGCCAGCAACAAGAAUAAACACCAGCAUUUUGGCGUAGUUAGUCUCAAACAUCAGUAUAUGCAUUGAAACCUGAAACGCACUGUUUCAAGAAAACCAUCCGUGGUUGAAGAAAAAGACAUCUCCCUAAACCGCACCAUGGGCACGAUUCGAAAACUCGUGGUUGAGGUUGUGGACGCUCACGACAUCGCUCCCAAAGACGGCCAUGGUACCUCAAGCCCCUACGUGGUGGUCGACUUCUAUGGCCAGAGGAAGAAGACCCGAACCACAGUUCGCGACCUGAACCCGGUCUGGAACGAAACGUUGUCCUUUAACGUGGGCGCGCACUCUGACAUCUUCGGCGAUGUGCUGGAGAUUGACGUUUACCACGACCUUAAGUACGGAGUGACCCGCCGGAACAACUCGCUGGGUCGGAUCCGCCUUAGUUCCAGCCAGUUCGUGAGAAAAGGUGAGGAGGCUUUGAUAUACUACGAGUUGAAGAAGAAGAGCUUGUUCAACAUGGUCCAAGGCCAGGUUGGCUUGAAAAUCUAUUACGUAGACGAGGAGGUUGCACCACCACUUCCACUGAAGCAAAAGGAGUUGUUGCUGCAGACUGAGGAAGCGAGUACUGAAGAUAAAGCACCGCCGGAAGAAACAGAAACAAAGCCACCAGCUGAACCUGAAAAAGAUGUAGAACAACCAUCGACAGUAUCUUCUGAACCACCACAGGAAGGUGAAAAUCCAUCGGAGAAACAAAACGAUGAACUAGAAACGCAACCGUCUCAACUGCCAGAAGUUGAAAACAAAAAGCAGCUUGAUCCGGAAGUGCUGCAACUGUCUCAACCGCCAAAUGAAGGAAGUGAUGCAGAUAAUGUGGAUCCGGUACCAGAUAAACCUUUUGUGAUGGCGGCAACAUCUUUGUCGAGGUCCAAUUCAAAGAUAAGAUUCAGCGGAAUCAACGUUCCACAACCACUAAGCAGGGCGGCUUCAACGACUAGUUUUACAUCAGAAGCAUCAUCUGCGGAAAGCAUGUCCAUCGAACGGUCCUCGUUCGAUCUCGUGGAGAAGAUGCAUUAUCUCUUCAUUCGUGCGGUGAAAGCCCGGAACCUCCCCACCAACGGUAACCCGAUAGUGAUGAUCGCUAUUUCUGGAGGCCACGUCACGUCUAGGCCCGCGCAAAAGACCACGUUAUUCGAGUGGAACCAGACCUUCGCUUUUAGGCGUGACCCACAUGAUUCCUCCCCCAUACUCGAGAUCACCGUGUGGGACCCAUCAAUAGGGGACCACGCGUCUGACGUGGACGGUCGUAUCCUCCUGGGUGGAGUGUGCUUUGAUGUGAAUGAGAUUCUAGUAAGGGACUCACCGGACAGCCCUUUAGCCCCACAAUGGUACAGAAUGGAAGGUGGUGGGGCUCAUCACGGGGACCUCAUGAUAGCCACGUGGAUCGGCACACAGGCUGACCAAUCAUUCGGCGACGCGUGGAAAAGUGACACCUCUAGUAAUGUCAAGUCAAGAGCCAAGGUGUAUCAAUCACCGAAGCUAUGGUACCUUCGUGCCACUAUUCUAGAAGUUCAAGACGUUAUGCCUUUAACAUCGUCGAAGGAGGCAUGGUUUCAAGUCAAAGCCCAGAUUGGGUUUCAAGUUCUUAAGUCAAAAUUGGUCGUCACACGCAACGAUACCGUUUCAUGGAACGAGGACUUUCUCUUUGUUGUUGCUGAGCCCAUCACUGACUACCUUGUUAUUACAUUGGAGAACCGACAACACAAAGCGCUAGUGAAUGUGGGUUUGCUAAGAAUACCUCUCACCGAGAUUGAAAGGAGAGUCGAUGACCGGAGUAUCGCGUCGCACUGGUUCACCUUCGAGAGCCCUCGUGAGGAGAAAAGUGGUUACAAGGGAAGGGUGCACCUUCGCUUAUGCUUUGACGGUGGGUAUCAUGUGAUGGAUGAGGUAGUUCACAUGUGUAGCGACUACCGCCCCACGGCAAGACAACUCUGGAAACCUCCAGUAGGCACAGUGGAGCUCGGCAUCAUUGGUUGCAAAAAUCUAGUACCGAUAAAGACGGUAAAUGAUAAAAGCUCAACAGAUGCGUACUGCAUAGCAAAAUACAGUAACAAAUGGGUACGUACGAGGACCGUAUCUGAUAGCUUGGAGCCGAAUUGGAAUGAGCAGUACAUGUGGAAGGUGUACGAUCCUUGCACUGUUUUAACCAUUGGAGUAUUUGACAACUGGGAUGUGAUUGAAUUGGACAACCUAAUUGAACCAACGAGACCUGAUUUUCGUAUAGGAAAGGUUCGGAUCCGGAUAUCUACGCUUCAAACGGGUCGGGUGUAUAGAAAUACAUAUCCUCUCUUUGUUCUCACACAUGCUGGUAUGCAGAAGAUGGGUGAGAUCGAGCUAGCAAUAAGGUUCGUUCGCACGACGCAACGGUUGGAUUUCCUCCACAUCUAUUCGCAGCCGGUGCUACCGUUGAUGCACCACAUCAAGCCCUUAGGGAUGGUCCCGCAGGAGCUGCUCCGGAACACCGCCGUGAAAUUGGUUGUGGGUCAUUUCUCAAGAUGUGAACCUCCAUUGAGAAAUGAGGUGGUGUUUUACAUGCUGGAUGCUGACUCUCACAACUUCAGCGCACGAAAGGUGCGUGCCAACUGGUACAGGAUUAUCAAUGUGGUCGCAGGAGUCAUUGACAUCGUACGAUGGGUGGAGGAUACUCGCGGGUGGAAGAAUACGACGACCACAAUUCUUGUCCACGCUCUAAUUGUGAUGCUUGUGUGGUUCCCAGACUUAAUAAUGCCUACGUUGUUGUUUUACGUCUUCACGAUUGGCGCGUGGAACUACAGGUUUCGGGUGCGGGACCCACUCCCGCAUUUCGACCCCAAGAUCUUGCUUGCUGAUGUGGCAGACAAGGAUGAUCUCGAUGAGGAAUUUGAUGUGGUGCCAAGCGCUCGACCAUACGAGGUGGUGCGUGCAAGGUACGAUAAGCUUCGUGUACUCGGGGCUCGUGUACAGGCGGUGCUGGGGGAUUUAGCAACUCAGGGGGAGCGCGUGCAGAGUUUGGUGACUUGGCGUGACCCACGUGCGACGGGGAUCUUUGUUUCAAUGUGCUUGGUGGCUGCGUUGAUAAUGUAUUUGGUGCCUUCGAAAAUUGUGGCAAUAUCUUGCGGGUUUUACUAUCUACGCCACCCUAUCUUCCGUGAUCGAUUCCCGUCGCCGGGGGUGAACUUCUUUAGAAGGCUACCUUCAUUGUCAGAUCGAAUUAUGUAGUUUUUUUUUUGUUAACAAAUUUAAAAUUUACAUCAAAAAGUUAAUUGAAUGAGAUAGAAGAUCAAAA